GAAAAGUGGAAAAUGGACAGUGUAUUCCUAAGCUGGAAAACAUGGGGUUUCGAGUGGGACAAGGGUUGAUAGAAAGGUUUACGAAAGAUACUGCAAGGUUCAAGGACGAAUUAGACACCGUGAAGUUGAUAUGUAAAGAUUUUUGGACUACAGUAUUCAAGAAACAAGUUGACACUCUAAGGGCAAAUCACCAGGGCAUAUGUGUACUUCAGGACAACAAAUUCCGUGCUCAGCUGUCUGCAGGAAAACAGUAAGAACAUGCAUCCGAGUGUCCAGCACUUACACGUGGCUUAGCCAGAGGUGACUUGUCAAAUUUGGGAAUAAGAAGUGUCGUAACAGCUGGAGCAUCUUCAAUGCCGGCUGCCAGUUUCAGGGGACGAUGCAGAAGCUGCAGAGGGCAGGGAGACACAGGUGAGGUUACUCUUGUACGAAACAUUGUGAGUGCUGCCUUCACCUCAUCACCGGCUGGCUGUGCCGGAGCAAAGACCGCAUCUCACCAGAGUCUCACAGACCAAGUUAAGGUAGAUAAAGGUCCUUCUACUACAACAUAA